AUGGCAAUUGUAGAAGCCCUCCUUCCCGUCCUGCGAGGGUGGUCGUGGACCAGCGCCCUCUUCUCGAUACUGGGUUUUGCCCUCGUCGUGUCGCUCGGCACAAGGCUUCGCCAGUAUUGGCGCCUCCGACAUUUCAAGGGGCCAUUUCUCGCCGGAUUCUCACGCCUCUGGCUCGUGCGGUCAACGUGGAGCGGCAGGGCAUAUCUUGACUUUUGGGAUGUGACCUGUAAAUACGGCUCUAUUGCUCGUGUCGGCCCAAAUGAUCUCAUCACCGACGACCCCGAGCUCGUGAAGUAUAUGUACAACAUCCGCUCCAAGUUCAGGCGCUCCAGUUGGUACGAUGGCAUGAGGUUCGACCCUACCAGGCAUAAUCUCCUGUCCUUGAGGGACGAGGGGGCGCACAGGAAUCUUCGAGCGAAAAUGGCUGCUGGGUAUUCGGGUCGCGAAGUUGACGGACUGGAGCACAAGAUUGAUGAAAACAUUGAUCGCUUCAUGGCUCUGCUCACCAAGUACGCCAGCAGCGAUAAAGCCCUGGAUCUGGGCCACAAGGUCCAGUAUUUCACCAUGGAUGUCAUUUCGGACCUUGCUUUUGGCAAGCCCUUUGGCUUCCUCGAGACGGACUCGGACGUGUACAGAUACAUUGAAACCACUGAACGCGCCUUUUCCGUUGUCAUGAUUGCCGCCACCGUUCCGGUACUCGUCCGUGUGCUAGCUUCGCCGCUUCUGAGUGUCGUGCCGUCUGAAGCGGACAAAAUCGGGUUUGGUCCGGUAAUCCGCCUCGCCAAGAAGGUGGCAGCACAACGCUUCGGCGAAAAAUGCAAAGUCCAAAAGGACAUGCUGGGCUCUUUUGUCGCUCACGGCAUCAACCAAUCCGAGGCCGAGUCUGAGAUUCUACUUCAACUUAUUGCCGGUUCUGACACCACCGCGACCGCCAUCCGAUCGACGCUGCUCCACGUCAUCACCAACCCCCCGAUUCUCGCGCGACUGCACCGAGAGAUUGAGGAGCGUCAUCCUCUAGAUUCGAUCAUCUCUGAUGAGACCGCACGGUCGAUGCCAUAUCUACAGGCGGUGGUCAAGGAGGGCCUGCGCAUCUUCCCCCCGGUCGCCGGGGUCAUGUCCAAGGAGGUCCCUGCCGGCGGCCACCACUGGAAAGGGACCUUCAUCCCGGGAGGCACCGUCAUAGGAUCGUGUGCCUGGGGAAUAUUCCGACGACAGGAUAUCUGGGGCGCCGACGCGAGCGAGUUCCGCCCAGAGCGCUGGCUCGACAGCACCGGGGAAGCACUCCGUCGGAUGGAGGGAACCCUGGAGCUCAUCUUCAGUCACGGCCGGUGGCAGUGUCUGGGUCGCCCGAUUGCGUUGAUAGAACUGAACAAAGUUUUCGUACAGAUGGAGAGCAAGAUCAAAGAGCUCCGGGGCAUCCUCAAGGGCUCCUCCGCCGCGCAGCGCGCCGCCGACCAACGCGAGGUCGCCCUGCAGCACGCGCGCGUCAUCCAGCACCGCAAGGACCUCGAGGCCGAGAUCCUCGACAGCCUCGUCCUCCUAUCCGAGUACCCUCUCGAACGCCCCGCGCACCCCGGCCCCGACGCCGCCGCGCGCCCGUCGCCCUCCGACGUUGCCGGCUUCAAGACGCACGUGCGGCUCUUCCAGCCGUCCGACUACGACGACCUCGUCGCCGAGCGGCACGUCAACGGGCUGUGCGGGUAUGCGCUGUGCCCGCGGCCGCACCGCGACGCGGGAGCCGGCGGCGCGUGGCGCAUCACCGCCGCAGGCCGCAUCGUGCGCCGCGAGGACCUGGAGCGCUGGUGCUCGCAGGCGUGCGCCCGGCGUGCGAUGUACGUCAAGGUCCAGCUGUCCGAGGCGGCCGCGUGGGAGCGCGCGGGGUGUCCGGAUAUUCAUAUCGAUUUGCUGGACGAGGCACGCCUGGAGGGCGAGUUGGAGGGCGCGACGCGGCAGCUGGCGGACAUGCAGAUCGAGGAGCAGGCGCGGCAGGGCAGGGAGGCGGAGGCGGCGCUGGCGCUAGAGAGGGGGAGUGCGAGGCCCAAGGUCCAGGUGGCGCUCAAGGAGAAGGAGACGCAGAUGCCGGAUAUCAGGAAUCUGCAGAUUGCCGACGGUGACGGCGACGACCAUUUACUUGUCGAAGGUUACAGGGUGGGACUGGGGGAGUCUGCACACCGAUAA